GUCAGAAAGAAAGCCCAGCCCACUUCUUUCUUCAGCUUGUAUUCCAUCCUAUCUGUGUCAUUGUGCUUCUCAGACUUUGUAAUGUCUGGGUAAGUCAUACACUCCCUCUUUCUGGACGAGUUGCUGGACAUUCUUCUCCAUAUCAGUGAAUUUCAAAUUUCCUGACUGGAACAUCAAGGCAGUGUUGCUAACUGGCUCUCUCUAGUGGUGAAACACCUCUGUACACCAGUGGAACCUGGCUCAUGAAGUUGGUGCUCUGGACACUUCAAGCAAGAACCUGAAACUGCAACAUUUUGGCUCUUUGGUCUCCUUAUCUUCAUCUACCCUUGACUCUUGUCCUUAAGCAGGUCGUGGACCAUGCUAAGCCAAAGGACUAUUGGAAAGCACUGAAGAAUAGCUCCUUAAACAAGUUACCUGUCUCACUGCAGAGUCAUGGCAGCAUCUCACUCUGCAUCCGAAGCUUCUCCAACAUCUCUGCCCUUCACUGCAUCCACUACUAUCACCUCCUCUGGAGUUCUAGAACUCUACCAAAAGUACCAAAGCUGUGACAUCAUCCAACAGCACUACAAUUACACAGGGAAACUUAAGCAGGACAAAUACAAGGAUGGCCUCAAACCAGAGGCCAUCACCUUCCUUCUGAUUUGUAUGCUCAUCGUGCUGGAAAACGCCAUUGUCCUAGUGGCCAUCUGGAAGAAUAAGAAAUUUCACCUGCCCAUGUACUACCUCCUGGGCAACCUGACUCUAUCGGACCUGCUGGCUGGGUUCACCUACAUGGUCAAUAUCAUGAUGUCAGGGCCCUAUACCCUCAAGCUGACUCCUCUGUUAUGGUUCCUGAGGGAGGGUGGGGUUUUCAUCACGCUGGCAGCCUCAGUGAUCAGCCUCUUGGCCAUCGCCAUUGAGCGCCAUGUCACAAUGGUGAAAAUGCAACCCUACCAUGGCACCAAGCGUAACCGCAUGUUUGCACUAAUCAGUGCCAGCUGGGCACUGUCCAUCUUGCUUGGUGUGCUACCCAUCAUGGGUUGGAACUGUAUAGGCAAGCUAGAGAUAUGCUCUACUGUUUUGCCGCUUUACUCCAAGUACUAUGUGCUCUGCUGUGUGUCCGUCUUCACCGCCAUACUGCUGGCCAUUGUAGUGCUGUAUGGUCGCAUCUUCCACACAGUCAAGGCUAACACAAAGAAGCUGGGUAGCCUGCAGCGCAAGGGACUAGCACGCCGCUCCCAGAAGUACAUGGCCCUGCUGAAGACAGUGACAAUCGUCCUAGGCGUCUUCAUCGCCUGCUGGCUGCCGCUCUUUGUGCUCCUGCUGCUGGACUUUGUGUGCCCAGCUGGAAAAUGCAAAAUUCUCUUCAAGGCAGAUUACUUCCUGGGAGUUGCCAUGAUCAAUUCACUGAUCAAUCCCAUUAUCUACACGCUGACCAGCAAGGACAUGCGCAAGGCCAUCAUCAAACUGCUCUGCCGCCGCUGCCUUAUCACUGAAGACGGACAGGUGAAGAAGAUCGGGGUGCCUUUCCUGGAGUGUAGUCUCACCAAGACGGACGUGGUUAUUAACCGUGGCCUGGAGACGACCAUCUCUUCUGGGAAUGGGACAUCCUCCCCAAUCAGAAUCCUCUACCCAAAACUGGUCAGGCUGCAAUCUGUUAAAUUGUGAGCUUCUCAACUGUGAUAACAAACUGUUUAGGCACCCAGGAACACCUCAAGCCUGUGAGGUGUCCUUAGCCUUUGAGAGUGAUCAAACGCUGUUUGACAACUCUGAGAACUAGCAAGCGGAAUACCUGCAAGCAGCAGACAAGCUUACAGUCAAAUCAUGAUCGCUUGAUCUCAGCCCAGGUGUUAUCAUGCGGCAUCAAAAUUGUUUAAGGCACCAGAAAAUGUUCUAGCCUUGUGAAUGAUGCCUCUGGGAGUGAGCUGCAUGUUUGAGCAUUCUCAGAGCGAGUCACAAGCACAGACAGAUCAGUCACCUUAGCGUGAGUUCACUGAGUAAUCAACUAAUAAAUCUGUACUCUAAUUGAGAACAGUCAGUACAUGCAUGAGAAGCUGUAUCUUUCCCACACCAAGGAAACCCUGUGCAGGGCACAAGGAUUUCAGGACCAAACAUGACUGAAUGUCAACUUGUGGUGAGAAAACUGUAGGUCAAAGCAGGUGCUUGAAUUUCAAAUCAGGUAUGAGCAGAUUUCAGUGUCGCCACAACAGACAGUCUUCAGGUAACACCUUUGCAACCACAUGGUGACACCCAAUAAAACUGUAACCGAGUCGAAAGAAUGAUAAAGACUGCAAAGAUGAGAACGGUCUCUGUAAAUAUGGGUAUCGCUGGUUCGAAAAUCCACUGAACCUGAGACUAAUUAAUACAUUUUAUAUUGAGAACUGUGGAACGAAUGUUCAUGCACAGCCAUUAAAAAGCCACCAGAAAAUGGAGCCAAAAUGGAAUAAUCCUUUGGAGGUUUAUGAAGAGAAGCUUAUUUUGCUAGCACUUGGGACCAAUGUAGAUGCUGAAAGAGCCUUUUACAAGACAUGACCACUAUAUUACAUGGACAUUGCUACCAAAAGAAAUGCCUACCAUAUUAGUUAAGGUACCAUGUUGCCUGUCUCUGUCUGUCUCUGAAGUCUAGGUAUCUUUUGAAUCGUGCAGUGCUAGCUCUCUUAUUCUAGCUUCACUGUUGCUGUGAUGAAGGCACUGCCAUAUCAGGGCUACUGAAAUACUGAAAUACAUUUCAGGCACGACAGAAAACAACACCAGUGUUUCAGCCCAGUGGUGCAAAAUGCACAAUGUAUUGCACUGUAAAUAUUAUUUUGAUAACCAUCAACUGUCACCAUCAUUACUGGCUUUAUUUGCUGAAGGUACAUGAUUUUUGUAUGUAAGUGGCACUGUGUACAGUUUCUCUUGCCUUUACAAUGCAUCUCUUACCACAAAUAUGCAUUACAUACUUUGUUUUGAAUUGUGUUUAAUAUUUUCAAAUGUUUUUUUAAGCCUAUUUUUUUAUUGUCAAGUAAAACUGAACCUAACUUAUGUACUUAUAUGCAUUAUACCUAACACUUCGAAAUAAUAAGUAUUAUCUUAAUAAUAAACAUUUCUAUACAA